AUGGCUACUUCCAAAAAGGGGAAAAAGGUUGUAAACCAAGAGGAGCUUAGGCGCUUGAUGAGGGAAAAACAAAGGCAAACGGAGCGAGACAAGAAGCGAGUGGAGUCUCCUUUUGCCAAAUACAACAGUCUCGGGCACUUGAGUUGCACCUUGUGCAACGUGCAGGUGAAGUCUGAGCUUCUGUGGCCGGCUCAUAUUCUGGGAAAACAACAUAAAGAGAAAGUUGUUGAGCUGAAGGAAGGAAAAAUUCAACCUAGUACUCCCCAGAGUCAACCCUUGAAGAGGAAAACACAGGAUGAUGGUGAGGACGCUGCUGCUUCUGGAAAAAAGUCCAAACCCUCAACGGCUGCGGGUCAGUCCUCGUCAGGGUUGCCCGGAAACUUCUUUGACAAACCCACCGAGAAAGAGGCUACUCCUCCAAAAAAGUCUGCAGGUCUGAGUCUUUUGGCCGGAGUCUAUGAUGAUGAAGAUGAUGAAGAGGCUGGUGAGGCAGGGAUUGCAGAUCCCCCUGCUGCUGCUGCUGCUGCUGCUGCUGCUGCUGCUGGACUCCCUACAGAUUUCUUUGAUAGCUCCAUCCCAUCCACACCCUCCAUUUCCCAUUCAGGGUCCAUUCUCAAAGCAGAUGAGCAGGAGAAAACCACAGAAAAGAAAGAUAACACAGCCGAAGCCCUGCCAGAGGGCUUCUUCGACGACCCCGUGAGAGACGCCAAAGUGCGCAACGUUGACGCACCUAAAGACCAAAUGGACAAGGAGUGGGAAGAGUUUCAGAAGGAAAUCCGGCAGGUGAACACUAAAUCAGAUGCCAUAGUGGCUGAGGACGACGAAGAGGGUCGCCUUGAUCGCCAGAUUGAUGAGAUCGAUGAACAAAUUGAGUGUUACAAGAGAGUUGAAGUUCUGAGAGACAAGCGUGAUGUGGUGAAGAACAAACCUCACCCCAGGAAGGAGAGUUGUAUGGAGAUGGAUACCAGCAAUGAGGAGGAAGAAGAGGAUGAAGAUGAGCUACUGGGGCUUUUGUCUAGAGACUGGAGGGCGAAGGGAGCACUGGCCUAA